UCUUCUGCCUUUUUCCUUUCAUUGCCUAUUGCAUUCAGCAGACAAACUGCAUAGAUUUCAAACUUACCACAGCUCACAAACUUAUUCAGACCUAUGUUAUUUAACAAACAAUAGGAAAAAUGUGAUUUUAAUGGCAUGGGCUCUUUAAGAACCUAUUCUCCUUGAUUCGGGGCAAAGGGGGGCACAAAUACAAUCCCAGUGCGAGGGAAUUCACCGCUGCACUCAGGGGUUUGAGUGUAGCCAACAUUUUACCUGCUCUUUCUGCAUCGACUGCAUCAAACUGCGAGCUGGAUGACGGGACAACCCCCCUAGCCAGUAUGUCAGAGGACGCAAUCCCCUCCACCUCAACAGCUCCAAUGACCUCAAUGGCCCUCCCUACCACCCUGACAACAGAGAUGGAGGAUGAAGAACCAGUGGUAUCGGACAUUGUGGGAGAUCAGACUGUUGGCGAUUGCAUCCAGGAGGAGGGCCUGUUCUACGUUGCUGGCUGGCUUGUCCGGGUCCUUCAAAAGGAGGAAAUUGUUCAGGCCUGUCCACACUGUGAGGUGCUGUUGUUGGGUGCCCGACAUCAGGACCACAGCUACGCCACAAGUGAGGACCACCCCUUCCUGGAGGCAAAAAAAUACACGGCAACGGCAAACCUAAUGAGGCCUUCGGAAGGGUUUUUCGCUGCCAUCCAGCUUUUGGAGGGGGAAUUUGGACGGAACAUCGACGCUUUCUGGCCUCUCACCCAGAUCACCAAAAAAAUGGAGAGGGCUCUGGGCAGUCUGGGGGUGUUCAAAAGCCUCUUCAGCUCACACCCUGAGCAUGCAAUUCUAUUGGAGACAAUAGCAAUAAAAAAAAUUGUGAUGUGCAGGCUCGGGGGGGAAAUCCGUGAGAGGAACAGGAGGCUGAGCAAACAGCAAACGGCCAAAGCAGCUCAGAGAAAGCUGUCCACCUUCACGGCCUGAAUGGAGCUGGAGGAUCGUUGCUGUGUCUGGCUGUGGAGGGAGCUAGAUGGAGCGGUCUUCAAAUUAUUCCUGUGGAGAAUAUAAUAAUAAUAAAAAGAUUAAAAAAAUGUAAAACAAUUAAAUUAAAUAUAUAUCUUUUAGUAAAGUAAAUAAAUACGUUUUGGAAUACGCUAUAAAUAUAAAUGAUCAUUUGAGGUUUUUCUUUUACUACAUGCAACGAUUGUUGUUUAUUAAUUUAUCCUUUAACAUUGCUCUACAUUGUUCUACAAAAAUAAAUCAAACUUCAAUUAA